CAUACUCGUCUGAAGGAGCAACGAACGGAACUCAACAUGAACUUCAGCUUUGUGGUUGUCCUCGUCGCCGCCCUCGUGGCCAUCGCCUCGGCUGACGGCGGGUUCAGGGGCAGCCAAUUCAGUGGCCGACAGUUCAACAAGGGCGGACACUUCAACAACUUCGGACGCUUCAACAGCGGCUUCGGCAGCGGCUACGGCAGCGGCUUCGGCAAGGGCGGCAACAGGUUCAUCGGCGGCGGACAGCGGUUCAACAGCGGCUUCAACAAGUUCAACUCUGGCUUCAAGUCUGACUUCAACUCCGGCUACGGCGGAGGUCGUCUGCACGGCUCUGGCUUUGGCGGCGGCUCCUUCAACCGGUUCCGCAGUGGUAGCGGCUACUUCUAA